CGUCCCGCCCCCUCCCGCGCCUCAUAAGCGGGGCGGCGGGGGGCUCAGCCCACUCCCUCUCGGCAGCCGCCGCGGCGGGGUCCGGCCCGACGUGCCGCACCAUGGGCAGCCAGGGCUCCAAGGCGGCCAAGGCGGAGGGCACAGCCCCGCCGAGCGGCCACGCCGCCGCCACCGAGCCCGCCAAGGCCAACGGGCAGGAAAACGGCCAUUUGAGGCUCAACGGGGACAUGACGGCCAAGGCGGGUGGCGAGGCGGCCCCGCUGAACGGGAACGGCUCGUCCGAACCCCCCCAGGAGGAGAACAAGGGCGAGCCGGGCGGCGGGGACGCCAUCGAGCCCGCUCCCCCAGCCGAAGGGGGAGACGCCAAACCCGAAGGUGCUGCGGCUCCUAAGGACACCCCCAAGAAGAAGAAGAAGUUCUCGUUCAAGAAAUCCUUCAAGCUGAGCGGGAUCUCAUUUAAGAAGAACAAGAAAGAAGCUGGGGACUCCUCUGGGUCCUCUCCCAUGGAGGACCAAGGCAAGGCGGAGGCCAAGGGCGAGGAGAACCCCGCUUGUUCUGCUGGUGGGACGGAGCCCUCAGCGCCCCCCGAGGAGCCGGGCAGCCCUGCCGGGCAGGAGGGAGCUGAGCCCAAGGGGGAGGAUGGAGAAGCAGGAGGAGGCGAGGAGGAGCAGGAGAAGCAGCCAGGGGAAAACCAGGGGGACAACACAGCCAAAACAGAGGAGCCCUCGAAACCCGCGGGGCCUGAGCCGGCAGCAGCUCCGGCAGCGCUGGAGCAGAAGGAAGAGUAGAACCCACUUGGCAUCGCCCGAACUUGAGACUCUUGCGGCAUCGUCUCCAUCCCAGUAGCACCGCGGACUCGCUGCCUUGCCCACACACCUCCCCGCCCCUCCUAGAACUGACACCACUUUCUAAAACCAACACCCCCCCAUCUCCAGUUAUUUCCUCCCAAUCCCCUGUUAGCAAGCUGGUUUGGAUUCCCACCACCACCACCACAACUUGGAGUAGUUUUCCCUGAAUCCUUUAAAACUGUGGAGGAAGACUAUCCUGGACAAAACUGGAAUUUACAGUUUGUAAGAACCCAGCUGUCCCAUCCCGCUCUGUCUCUGCUGGUCUGACUGUCCCCACGCUCCUCCCAGCAGCCUCUGAUGCCCAGUGACUGUUCAAUGGAUUCUUUUUGUUUCCCCCCUCAGUUUACAUUCCUGGUUCUGACUUCAUUUAAAGUAUUUUGUGCUUUUUAUAGAAGUCAAUGGUUUAAAAGCUAAUCUGGUUAGUUUUUUUAUAAUGUCUUACUAUUGGCUUAAAACCAUAAAGCUUGUAAGUCCGCUGUGUUUAAUUCUGCUUCUAAGGGGUAACUUCUAGGGCGCGGGGUGGAGGGAGGGGACCUGCCAGCUGUAUAAUGUGAAGCCAACAUUGUUUUUUCUCUGUAAAUAAUUUUUUUAAUGCCCACAACACUUGAUUUGCAAUUUUCUAACUUCUAAGAAAAGAGAAAAAAAGAAAAAGCUGUAUGGGCUUUAAUGUAACAUUUGAAAGGAAUAAAUGGUGACCCCUUUA